GGUCGGCACCGUGAGUGGCAGAAGCCGGCGUCCAAUCGCAUGGCUCCUCCGCAGAAAUGUCGUUUUUUUCUGCCGGUUCUAGAAAACCAACCACGAGUUGUCGUCGUGUGGGAGAAUCCAUCUUGAAGAGAGCUCUCCGGUUGUGCGACCAGCAAAUUAGUGCAAAAUGUCUGAGACAGAGCAGCAGUAUAUGGAAACAUCGGAAAACGGCCACGAAGUCGACGACGAUUUUAACGGAGCCGACAACACCGAAGCGGAGAUCGACGAGAGCGCCGGGAAUGACUGCGGAGAGGAGGAAGGGCCCGGCGCGGACGACAAUUCGCAAAACGGCGGCACAGAGGGCGGCCAGAUCGACGCCAGCAAAAGCGAGGAGGAUGCAGGGAAAAUGUUUGUUGGCGGUCUCAGCUGGGACACGAGCAAGAAGGAUCUCAAAGAUUACUUCUCAAAAUUUGGUGAGGUGACGGACUGCACCAUCAAGAUGGACCAGCAGACAGGCCGGUCAAGAGGCUUCGGCUUCAUUCUCUUCAAAGAUGCAGCCAGCGUGGACAAGGUUCUGGAACAGAAGGAGCACAAACUCGAUGGCAGAGUGAUCGACCCGAAGAAGGCCAUGGCCAUGAAGAAGGAUCCAGUCAAGAAAAUCUUUGUCGGAGGCCUUAACCCUGACACCUCAAAGGAAGUCAUCCAGGAGUACUUCGGGACUUUUGGCGAGAUUGAGACCAUUGAGCUUCCACAAGAUCCAAAGACGGAAAAGAGGAGGGGAUUCGUAUUUAUAACAUACAAAGAAGAGGCCCCGGUCAAGAAGGUCAUGGAGAAGAAAUACCACAACGUCGGUGGAAGCAAGUGUGAAAUUAAAAUAGCCCAGCCCAAAGAGGUCUACCAGCAGCAGCAGUAUGGUGCACGUGGAUAUGGCGGACGCGGCAGGGGCCGUGGGGGCCAGGGCCAGAACUGGAAUCAAGGUUACAACAACUACUGGAACCAGGGAUACAACCAGAACUACGGCUACGGACAGCAAGGCUACGGAUAUGGCGGCUAUGGCGGCAACUAUGACUACUCUGCUGGUUAUUACGGCUAUGGGGGUGGCUACGAUUACAACCAGGGCAAUACAAGCUAUGGGAAAACUCCAAGACGUGGCCACCAGAAUAGCUACAAGCCAUACUGAUCACACGUAGUGCAGGUCUAAAGUAAAUAAGAAAAAGAGAUCCAUGGUCUGACCACAGCGAACAUGGGCUCUGGCUUUUCCUUUGGAGUUGGCAGAAAUUUGGACUCAUGCUCCAUUUGUACAGAUCAAGUGAGGAACUGGGGAAGCAAAUGUCACUUUUCCACUUUUUAUUUUAUAUUGUUUUGUGUCCAUUUACAUUUCCAGUGAUGGAAGUGUUAUUUUUACUGUACUUUUUGGUACCUUUUUGAAUCUAAUGUAUUGUAUGGUUGUAUUUUUACAUGUCUACUGGAUUUACAGAUGAGCAGGAGCAAAAGCUUUUAAAGCUUACAAAUAAAACAAUUUUGCUUUUUU